ACAGCAGAGGUCCAGUCACGAUGAACGGGGAGCAUCAUUAGCAGAGAGAGGAUAACAGAACAGACAGAAAGCCAGACAGAAGCAGGACAAGCGACGAGGACAACUGACUUACGAAUAGAUACUUUCGGACCUUGGUCCUCGAAUUUUCUUUACUCAGUGUGGGAAGGCGCAGAUGGGCAGAGGAGGGUAAUGGCGGAGGACGACCACCGGGAGGACCCCACAUGCCCGCCAUCCCAUCCAUAGCUCUGUUGCUGCGGCACCAGCAACCACUGCAGCACGGACUGCCGUAGCCCUUGGCGUUGUAGCUCUCACUCUCUCUCUCCUGGCCGCGUCGUAGACUUCCCACUGACCUACUCUGGGGUGCAGCAGUGUCGAAUUAGGGGAGGUUGCGUGUGUGGAAUCUGGAUGGACGGUACUUGAACCGAUCUUGGUUGAGGAGGGGUCGGAGGAAAGAACUAGGGCACACGGACUGUCACAUCAGCAUCAUGGCUAACUCGUUUUGGUGUCCUAGCACAGGUGUCUGUGUCGGAGUUUAGCACUGAAUUUGCGCAUGCGGAUGUCGGGACCGGCGUGCUGUUGACGGAUAGGUUUUUGUGGUUAUUGAGAACAGAUGCGUUGGGACAGCAAGCCACUCCGGUACUUCGUCAUCCUGUGGGUGUUUAAGUGCCUGCCUUUAUAUAAGUCCUGAAAGGGUUGGGUUAGUUAAGUGUGCGCUAUCAGUGUGAGUGAAGGACUUGGAAAUUUGGUCACCUACUGCCACACCCUUGGCUUUAAACUUGUGUUAGAGGUCCUUCGGUUCAUGUCUUACAUGCCGUGCACUCGACUGACUCCAACAUCUGUCUAAUCUGAACUCGACGGUCGAAGUAGGGACUCUUUCCCUCUUAUGCUCCAGUUUAAGGUUGAUGCAGCUGUUAAUAGAUAUCUAACCUAUCGGCCUACCAGUCUAGUCUUGGGUUUGUACCACUACGCAAACCGGGUUUCCGUCCCCCACUGGCAUUCUGUGCUCUGGAUCUUCUUCGCUUUGCGUCGCCAUACCUCGGGGAAGGGUUUCCUAGAGGCGAAGGAGCGUGGACCUCGUCAUGAGGAGAUGCAAGUAGGAGAGAGGUUUCUGCAAGACGUGGCCUGUUGGUUGGCCUAAGCGGAGGGCUUCGUGCACUUAAGGAAGCAGAGCACAGUUGUGGUGGUGAAUACCGUGAUUGAUUCGACGAAUCCUUAACUCCUAACUUCGGUUAAGCUAACGUCGGCGUCAACGGCAUCAUCGUGGCAAAUUUCAAGCUAGAUUUGAGCGAGAUGCCAUUUGAAGUGAUAGGAGCGAUCAAGGUGAGCACGCCUGUACGGCAUGAGUCGCAGCUUGUGACGGAGUAUAGGGGAGGGUAAUAGGUUGAUGCUCCGCGGUUGAGCUUGCGGAUCUGAGGUGGGAGAAGGGGCGCGAUCAGGGUGUGUUGGUUAAGGCAUCGUGGAACCCUGGGCGUUCAAUUCUGGGCUUUUGGGUGGUUGCCCGUACGGUGCAUGGGGGCGGAGCAAGUCUGGCAUGUAGAAUUCGUCCCAAACAAAAUUGGAGUCUGCGCAAGUCUGCCUCCCCAGACCAAAGCAUCUAAGAAGCAGCUGGUUGAAUGUCAGCAUGAGAAGGACCUUUGAGACGAACGCUACGUAGGUCCGCAUCCCUAGGUUUGGAGAGUGUCACUCGGAACAGGACGGCGCAGUAGACCUACAUAAGCUCUAGCAGAAAGCAGUUAGCGAUUGCGCCGUCUCAGCUCCCCGUGUCCUGGCCCGGUAUGCUCGAGCCCGGGCUGAGGUUGUCGAUGGGCAUCAAAACCGAAAAACUGGAUGACAGCGGAGGGCGUGAGAGGAGCAUGGCAAGCGGGGUAGGGGAAAGCGUGGAUCGGCUGGAUGCGCAGCUGUGGCAUGCGUGUGCGGGAGGCAUGGUUCAACUCCCGCAGGUGGGUGCGAAAGUGAUAUACUUUCCUCAGGGGCACGGAGAACAAGCUGCGACGACUCCUGAUUUCUCCGCAUCGAUGGGUCCGUCAGGAACGAUACCGUGCCGAGUAGUGUCAGUAAAUUUCCUGGCGGACACGGAGACGGACGAGGUGUUCGCACGAAUGCGGCUGCAGCCGGAGGGACUGCAUGGAUUGAACGAUAUGACGGAGGAAGCCCCAUCGUCCCCUCCUCCCGAGAAGCCGGCCUCGUUUGCGAAAACGCUGACGCAGAGCGAUGCGAACAACGGAGGAGGAUUUUCGGUGCCGCGGUAUUGUGCGGAGACAAUAUUUCCGCCUCUGGACUACUCGAGCGAUCCUCCCGUGCAGACCGUCUUGGCGAAGGAUGUGCAUGGAGACGUGUGGAAGUUUCGGCACAUAUACAGGGGGACCCCAAGGCGACAUCUGUUGACGACGGGGUGGAGCACGUUUGUGAAUCAGAAGAAGCUGGUAGCAGGGGACGCGAUCGUGUUUUUGCGCAGCGCUUCGGGGGAGCUGUGUGUGGGAGUGAGACGGUCGAUGCGGGGCGCGAGUGGCGGGGACUCGUCGACAUGGCACUCGUCUGCUAACGCGACGCGGGCAUCGCGUUGGGAGGUGAAGGGGACUGAGAGUUUUUCGGAUUUCUUCGCCGCAGUGGGCGACAAUGGUCACGGGGGAUCGAGCAACGGGGUGUCGAGAUCAGGGAGUCAGGGUGCGUCGACGACGAGCAGCUUUGCGCGGAACCGCGCGCGUGUGACUGCGAAGUCUGUACUGGACGCCGCUGCACUUGCAGUGGCAGGAAAGCCGUUUGAGGUUGUGUACUACCCACGUGCGAGUACAGCAGAGUUCUGCGUGAAGGCUGGUCUGGUGAAGCAGGCCCUGGAUCAUACGUGGUACGCAGGGAUGCGAUUUAAGAUGGCAUUCGAGACGGAAGACUCGUCCAGGAUCAGUUGGUUCAUGGGAACGAUCGCGGCGGUGAAACCAGCGGAUCCCCUGUUGUGGCCGAAUUCGCCAUGGCGCGUCCUUCAGGUAACAUGGGACGAGCCGGACCUGCUGCAGGGUGUGAGCCGUGUGAGCCCUUGGCAGGUGGAGCUGGUGGCUACGCUGCCAAUGCAGUUGCCCCCGUUCUCGUAUCCGAAGAAGAAGCUGCGUGCUGUCCAGCCCCAAGAGCUGCAGUUGCAGGCACCCGGGCUGCUGAACCUGCCGCUGGCAGGGUCGAGCAGUUUCGCGGGGCAGUUGCCGACCCCAUGGGGCGGCCCUGCACUUUUAGAAAACGCCUCUGCAGGCAUGCAGGGAGCCAGGCAUGAUCGCUUUAACGGGCCUCCAUCCAUGGAUUUCCGGUAUAGUAAUUACAAACGUGCUCGAGAGCACCCGAGCGAGAACCAGUACGCGGAGCAGGGGCAGACUUCUCCCGCCGGUAGCGCACGGGUGGUGUUGAGCGACCCCCUAUGUGGUGACAGUCACCACCAGUUCUCUUUUUUGAGCAGCGGACAGGCGCACAAUGGUGGGCAGCAGCAGCAACAACAGCAGCAGAGCUCGCAGAUGUCGGGUAGCGGGCUGACGAUGGGGCUGAUGCCAGGUGGGAGCCCGACGAGAGAUGACGGUGGGAGCAAUUCGAAGUCGAAGUUGAAGAGCAGCCCCGCUCCGACAACGUUUUUACUGUUUGGGCAGUCCAUCGACCCGAGCAGCAACUCGAAGGCUGCGCAGGAGCAGUGCGUGGCAUCGGCGAGCAGCUCUGUGGAGGGGUCUUCUCUGUUCCAGGAGGGGCUGCGAGUUUCGCCGACGAGUUACUCGUCGUCGGAUAACACGUUGGAGCACAAGGACAGGAUGAGGAGAUUCAAUGCGGACCUGAACGGCGCGUCGGGAGGGACGGGGGAUGGGGCGAUGUCAAGGUACCGGCAGAACGAGGGCGGGCCGUGGCCAGAGCUGUCGAUUGGGACGGAGGUGGGGAGCUUGAAGUGGUUUAAGGAGCAGCGGUUGGAGAAGGAGAAGGGGUCGAACGAGGCGCUCCAGCACUGCAAGGUGUUCAGAGAGGGCGAUGAGGUGGGGCGGACGCUGGACCUGGCGAACUUCAAGUCGUAUGAGGAGGUGUACGAUCGUUUGGCAGGGAUGUUCAGCGUUCCGGCAGCGAGUUUCAAGAAUCGAGUGGUUUACCAGGAUGGCGAGGGGUGUACGCUGCCAGUGGGUGCGGAGCCAUACGGGAACUUUGUGGCAGCCGUGAGGCGGCUGACAAUUCUUCCGUGAAGAAGGCAAAUGGGGGUUUUGGGUGUGCGAUCAUAGCUCAGUAGGUCUUUUUUACAUGAUAUAAGAGUAGAUUUGGAAGAACGUACGUACCGGCAGUAAUGAGUGAUGGGGCUGGCUUCGUUGCAAUGGGUGGAGUGUGAGACGUGUUCCCGUAGAUUAUGGUGGGGGAGGUGGCACGGGAGGGUUGUGGAUAAGAAUUGCACAAACCGAACGUACGAUUUCACACAAGGGUGGAGUGGAAGCCAUGCAGGGUAUAUGUGUGUAAUACAGCUUUCGCCGAAGUGGACAAGUGUAAAGCGUUCCAGGGUUUGAGAUGGAAUGAUUUUGUGACUAAUGCAGUGGCACUUCGAUUAUUA